AUGGUUGUGGAGCGCGGAGAGUUCGUCUGGCUGGCCCCUUCAGAAGAAAAGUUGGUGAGCCUAAGUCUAACCUCAAAGAAGGAUGUGCCAUUUUACGCGCUCUUGGAAUCGACUAUAGACGGAACAUCCAAGAAAUACUACUUCAAACAUCGAGAUGAGUUGAUGACCCAGAAAUGUAAGACCUCGCAUGAAGUUGUGCUUGAUCCCCUAUGGAAACCAAUUAUAGAAAAGGAAUACUACGAUGCAAUUGGAAACCUCUUGUACAGGGGAUUUGACAUAUCAGGCCUCGUUGAUAACAAUGAAAUUCUUGUACAAACCUACCGACCAUAUGGAGCUCCAACAAAGGCCUUUAUGCCACAGCCACGUACCCGAAUCAAAUACGUGAUAGAUGGAUAUGAAACGCUAUGGAGAGCCUCAGAAGAAGCAGAGGAAUGUGUACUCGUUACACUCCAUGGAAAUCUGGGAGAAGGCAACUAUUCAUACCAUAGCGGCUGUUCUGAUGAAUCCACCUCAAGUUCCAGCCAUUCAAGCCACAUUGGCUCUCGUACUCGUAGCAAAACUAGUCAAGAUACAGCUUCCGAGGAAGUUACAAAGGAAUUCAAUAGUGCCAAAAGAGAACUGAGAAGACGAGGUAGAAGUGCAUCGUCUUCCAGCAAGACAGAAUCGCCAAAAGUAGCAACCAGUUUAACGGAUGACAAGUCAAGUCCUACAGGGGUCAGUACAUCUACCGGGAAAAGUGAUGGUCAAAAGGCAUCUCGUGGUUUAAAGAGGAAAAGAAGCGACUGCUUUAGUUCCAGUUCACAAGAGCCAAAUGUAAACGUUUCUAGCUUGAUGAGAGACAUGAAAAUUAUACGCAUUGCAGUAAAGGGAACACAGGGCAUCUACUCGGUAUACCUCGAAAAGGUUAGGCAGGGAUGGUUUGAGAUUACCAGGGAGCAAUUCCACAGAAAAAUGGAAGAGUUUGAUGAUGAAUGGGAUGAAACAGAGGCAAACGUAAUGAACGAACCAUCCUCUAGCAUGACAUAG